GGCAAACGCACAUGGGAAGACGCUCCUUCGAGUCCAUGCCAGGGAUGUCAGGGACCCAGGUGCGUUAGAGAACUUUGGUCCUCCCAUGAGGGACCACGGUCAUCACCUCCGCUUCGGUGGCAAGGUUUGCUGUCUGUACAUUUUCUCUGAAAUCCUCUUCACUACUAGUAGUGUCUUCGCAGAAUGUAGUUACCGAAGUCGAUUCCUUUUCGAGACUCGUCCCAGAACUGUUUCUUCAAUUCCGACUCAGCUACUACGAAAUCGGCGGAGAGGAAGCGUCAUGUCCAAUGUGGCCGGAGACGAUACGUGGCAGGCCGUCGAGCCUCAGGGGCUGGCAUUGGGGCUUUUAGUCACUACCGUCACGUUGGCGAUUCUAACGACUAUCGUCAUGGCUAUGCGCAUGUUCAUUCGAUUCAAGACGAACAAAAUCGGUUCAGACGACUGGGCAAUGUUGACAGGAUUUGCAAGUAGACGAUGCUCCGGCCAAUCCGCUGUUGCGAUCUAUGGGUCAUUUACCGGUAUAGCGAGCAAAGACGAGAUCAUGAAUCGAGCUACGAGCAUUGAGGGCUACAAGACUCUCUUGAUCUGGCAAGCCUUCUACGCUGGGAGCUUGUGCUUUAUCAAGUCCAGCAUCUGCAUCACCCUCAUGCGCAUCACCAACCAGAAAGUCUACCUCUGGAUCCUACGAGGUUUGAUAGGUCUCUCCUUCUUGAUGAGCGGUUCCGGCCUGAUCGUCAUCUUGAACCAAUGCCACCCCCUCGAUAGGUACUGGGACAAGAGUAUACCGGGAACUUGCUGGCCACCAAUCGUAGCCACCGCGCUUUCGUACGGAGCAUCGGUCGCCAACGUCAUCACCGACUUCAGCGUUGCGGCAAUUCCGUUCUUUCUGCUUCGACACGUGCAGAUGCGAUCCCGACUUAAGUUCUACGUGCGGCUCAUCCUGGGACUAGGUCUCUUAGCUGGCAUCGCGAGCAUAAUCCGAGUACCCUUCACGAAUGCGUACAUGAAAGCCAGCGACGUUCUGUACCACGCAGGUAACAUUGUUCUCUGGACAAUCGUCGAGUGCGGCUUAGGCAUCAUUGCUGGUUCGCUACCAAUGCUACGAGCCUUCUUCAAACGGUUGGCCAAGGAUACCAGCACGCAGGAACCCUACAACCGUUCGGGUGACACAAACCUCGUGACCUUUGGGCAGGGCAAGGGACGACAGGGCCCGAUAUACGAAACAGACCUAGGGGUGACGGUGAUUGGGGGAGCAGGGGAUAAUGACAGCAACAACAGCAACCAUGACGACGACGCGGAGAGCACACGGCGAAUCAUUAAGGUGACGAGAGAAGUACGGCAUAGCGUUACUGAAGAGAACGGGACGAUGCCGGCCAAAAGGUUGACGUAA